GGACUGGAGCAAAGCCCCGGUGGGACUUGCUUCGAAGCGGAGAAGUGCACAGCACUGCAACUCCGUGCAAAUGCACUUGGGGCCGUUCUCGUCCAAGGUCGCUCACGGAUUUAGUGGUCUUUCAGCAUAGGGACCAACUCCUAGCAACCAAGGCAUCAUUUCACAGAUAUCAAUGGAAAAGAGACAUCAUAUUAAGUUUCGUUGGGACUGAUUCUUGUCUCAGAUCCGUUGGCUGAUACAGGGGAAACUGGCAAACACGUUUCCAAAUCAUGUGAGGGCUUUAGUUUAUGUGCCAGUCACAUAUUUGAUUACGAAAUGCACUGUAGCCCAUAUUUCAAAGGUCACAGUCCUCCUAUUGAAAGCAUCUUGAAAACCAUGGUUUAUAGUCCAGAAUAUCCACAACAUGGAAGCUUUCAAGAUCUGGUCUGCUCUAGCUGUACUUUGCAGUUUUUGCCGUAAAGGUACAUCAUGUGGCUUGUCAACACAUAUUGAAAUAGCUCACAGAGCUCUGGAAUUUUUCAGCAGCCCAGAAGGAAAUGUUGACUAUCGCAAGUUGAUACUAACCCACCAAGAUGCCUAUCAGGCUGGAAGCCUGUAUCCUGAUGCCUUUUAUUCUGGUAUCUGCAGGAAUGGGCUGUUCCAUCAAGUAUCUGAGGACACUCACUGGGCACCUUUUCUCAAUACCAGUAUCCAUUACAUCAGAAAGAACUAUCCUCAGCCCUGGGGAGAGGCCACAGAGAAACUGGUGGCUUUCCUCUUUGGAAUCGCUUCUCAUAUGGUGGCGGACGUGAGCUGGCAUAGCUUGGGGAUUGAACAAGGAUUUUUACAUGCCAUGGCAGCUAUUGAUUUUCAUGGCUCAUAUUCAGAUGCUCAUGCUGCUGGUGAUUUUGGAGGAGACGUGCUGAGCCAGUUUGAGCUUGAUUUUAGUUAUUUGGAACCAAGCUGGUAUGUGCCAGUCAAAGAUUUACUGUCAAUCUACCAGGAACUUUAUGGGCUGAAAGUAAUAACUGAAGACACGAUUGUUGACUGCACGUACCUGCAGUUUCUUGAACUGUUUGGUGAAAUGAUCACUGUCGCCAAGCUUUACCCCAUCUAUGCCAGGAAGUCCUCAUUUUUGGUGAACAAAUUCCACGAAUAUUUUCUCGGUGGUGUGGAUGAUAUGGCAUUCUCGUCAAAUAAUAUUUUCCAGCUAACAAGUCAAAUGUUAGAGAAUGGAACAAGUGGCUGCUUUAUUCCUGAGAAUCCUUUGUAUAUACGCUGUAAAGAUGAACAAACAAAUGCUGUCAUUAGAAUCAAACAGUCCAAAACUGAGCACUACAGACAAACGACUUCUUCAAUGGCCAAAUCAGUUGAAAAAAAUAUCAGCUACACAGAGCGAGGAGUUUAUUUUGAUGUGCCACCUUGGACAGCAAAUUAUCUUCAGUUGAGCAAUAGUGCCACUGCAAAAGAUUUGAGGAGAGUCUUGUCAGUCACGCCACAAGGGUCACCUAACCAUGUAACCAAACCCAGUGCUUCAUAUUUUCUGAAAACGCCAUAUGCUAGACUUGGGUGGGCGUUGAUUUCUGCUGACCUAAACCAGGACGGCUACGAUGACCUGGUAGCAGGAGCGCCCGGAUACAGCUGGCUGGGACACAUUCAGAUAGGCCGUGUAUAUAUUGUUUAUGGUAACGAAUCAGGUUUGCCUCAUGCAAACAUGGACCUAGACCAGGAAGCAGAUUGCAUUCUGGAGGGGAAUAAGCCUUCAGCAAGGUUUGGUUCUGCUGUAGCAGUUCUAGAUUUCAACGAGGAUGGUGUGUUGGAUCUAGCAGUGGGAGCCCCGUCCGUAGGAUCACAGGAACUCAGUUACAGGGGCUCUGUAUAUGUAUUUUUUGGCAAUAGAGGACAAGGUUUCUGCAACCUACCAAAUGUCACCAUAGCUUGUCAAGAAAUAUACUGUAACCUUGGCUGGUCACUGCUGGCAGCCGACCUUGAUGGCGAUGGAAACAAUGAUCUUGUAGUUGGUUCUCCUUAUGCAGCUGGUGGUGGGAAACAAAGAGGAUUUGUGGCUUCGUUUUAUUCCUUUCUCAAUAGAAGCAGCCAAGACCAGCUGUUCCUAUCAGAUGCGGACUGGAUAGUAAAAGGAGAAAAGGAUUAUGCGUGGUUUGGGUCAUCACUCAGCAGCGUCCAACUUCAAAAUACAACCUUGCUGCUUAUCGGCAGUCCUUCUUGGAAAAGCUGUAGAAGUAGUCUAAGCUGCUAUGUCUUACGAGAUACCAAGCUGACGAUUGGGAAGGUAUACGGCUAUAUCCCACCAAGCACGCGGAGUUGGUUUACCUUAACUGGAGAUAGGGAAAUGGGGAGACUUGGUUCAUCCUUGGCCACCGGCUUCCUUUCUGUAGGAGGAAUCUCCAGGCAAGUGUUGGUAGUUGGUGCACCAUCACAAGACAGCACAUCUAGGAUUGCAUUUAUAAGCUCAGUGCUGCACCAAGCAGGAAGUGCUUUGAUGUAUGAUUUGACGGACCCUGCCAAGCCAUUUCUGCUGAGCACUUUCAGCGGGGACAGGAGAUUUUCACGCUUCGGAGGAGAUGUGCACUUGCGUGACCUAAACAAUGAUGGACUUGAUGAGAUCAUUGUGACCUCACCUCUUCGAGCAAAAGACAUCAUAGCUGGGCUGUUUGGAGGAGACGCUGCACGUGUUUACAUAUUUAGUGGAAACCAGACCACCUCUGGACAUGUGACAGGCAACUGCAAAUCAUGGACUUCACCUUGUCCUGAAGACUGGGCACAGUAUGUCAUCAUUUCUCCUGAGGAAAAAUCAAGAUUUGGGAGUGCUGUGAUCACAGUGAAAUCUGGACAAAAGACUGAAGUUGUAGUAGCAGCUGAGAGAAGUUCCAGAGAAGCUCGGCUAAGUGGCAGACUUUUUCUCUACACCUUUUAAUUGCCACUGAGCCUCUUUUCAGCAAAUCACUCUUCACUUUUGUAAAAUUCUCAUGUACUCAUGUACUAUUUAACCCGCAAUUGAACAGCAUUAACAUUUUAAGGAACGAAAGCUGAGAUCUAAGAUUACUUAUUGCUGUUUAAAUUUUCUUGCUAAGGAUAAUGAAUGGAAAUCCUUCUAAAAACGUCAUGUUGUAGCUUCAGACUGUUAGCUGCUUUCAACUGUUUACAUGCAUUGUGCGUACACAUGGGCCUGUUUUUUAAGAAUUUAUUGCAACAUACACUGCAAUGGAGUAGACUGAAGAAGGAAGACCCAAUGAAUCCUGAAAACAUGGAGUUGCACAGAAAUAGUUUGGCAAGAGCACACUUCCCUAAGUCUCGCUAUUGAUUCCAACCUUGAUUUUGAAAUGGACCACUUCUUUAACCUGUACUUGGAAGUGGGAUCGCUUCGUCUCAAAUUAGGCCAGACUCAGAUACAUCUGUCUGAAAAGUGGAAUUGCAUUUUCAUCCCUCUUGUCACUGCCAAAACAUAAAUCACCCAUGCUGAGUUACUAACAUCUACAUGGCAGCAAGAGCAGUUGUUCAACCUUGAAUAUCCCUGAUGUCUGAUGUUGGGCUAAUGGGAGAUGAUUUAAAGUGGUCUAAACCAUUGAGCCUCUUGAAUCCCUGCGACGGGGUGAGCUCCCGUUGCUCUGUCCCAGCUCCUGCCAACCUAGCAGUUCAAAAGCACGCCAAAAAGUGCAAGUAGAUAAAUGGCGGGAAGAUAAAUGGCCGUUUCUGUGAGCUGCUCUAGUUUCAGUGUUCCGUUGUGCCAGAAGCGGCUUAGUCAUGCUGGCCACAUGACCUGGAAAAUCUGUGGACAAACGCCAGCCCCCUCGGCCUGUAAAGUGAGAUGAGCGCCGCAACCCCAGAGUCGUCUGUGACUCGACUUAACUGUCAGGGGUCCUUUACCUUUACCUUUUACAUGGCAGUAAGAGCAGUUGUUCAACCUUGAAUAUCACUGAUGUCUGAUGUUGGGCUAAUGGGAGAUGAUUUCAAGUUCUCUAGUCUUAGGAUUCUAUCCACCAACCAGUAAGAUGCCUCUACCUUCUAGUCAAGUCCAAUGGGACUUAAUUCUUAGGUGCGUAGGAUUGCAACUGAAACUAUAGGCCAUGGUACUUCAAGUCCUAGGUAAACUUCCAGUAACAAGCAUGUAACACUUUUUGGGGGGAUAGUAUUAAGAAAACCUUCAUGCAUGGAAUUGCACACAAUUGCAUGGUAAAUUCAGGAGGAUUUAGAAGCUGACCCACAAGAAGUAUUAGCUACUUGAGAUUCACUCAGCUUCUACACCUAUUUAAAUAGCUUCUGUAGCUCAAAAGGUCUCAAAUGUGAUUCCUGGUAGCUCCAAUUAAAAAGAUCUUGUAGUAGGAUCCUGUUAGAACACAGUCAAUACUGGGCUAGAUGAACGAAUAGUGCAAGCUGGUUGGUGCAAAGGCUGCUUCCUAUUUAAUCAAAUGUAAUCUAAUGACAAACUAUUUAGGCUAACGAUUAAUGAAUGUGCCGUCUUUUUUUUUUACCUUAUCCCAUGUGCAAUGUAAUAAAAAAAGAUAUUCCCCUUUGAGUGGUAUUUCAUAUUCAUUCUGAACUUUGCCAUCAUUCUAGAUGUUAUCAGAAAGUUAGAAGGUAAACUACUAACUCUGCCACAGACUGAAGUUUCUUCCGGUUUUGCUCCUUUGCUUUCAAUACAAGUUAGGGGAUUGAUGGCUCUUCUCCCUGGUUUUGUAGGAUCAGGGCUUCUGAUGAGGUUCAGCGGGUACACACAUAACAGGCCCUGAGCCAACAGGGCCCUAGACUCUUACAUGUUUUUAAAUUAAAAAAAGAAAAAGAAACAUAGGACAAUUGGCCAUGUCUGAAGAAAGUUAGAAGGCAAAGCGCAGAGGCAGUUCUAAGGCUUCAGUACUUUGCAGGCCACACCACUGCUAAGAAUGCUUAUUCACCGUUGGUAAGCAAUCUGAGAAAGAAAUGCUGAUCACUCUCACUUGGGACUCAGGUGUAUGUUUGUAGAAGUACCCUCCCCAUCCACAUGAUUUCAUUCACUUCCCAAGUGUGCUGCCUUUACAGAGGAAAACACAAGCUGCUUGCUUGCGUGUAUUUUGCUGAAAAGUAAUCCCCUUUAAAUAAACGAGGGUUCCUUCCUUUUGAGAAAAAAAUGGUGCUAUUGCAAUCUCUCCCCACCCUGGUUUUCUAUGUUUCCCCCAUCCAUUGAUUUGCUUUUCAUCACUGGAGUGUUAUUUAUUAAUAACCAUAACCAAAAAUAUAAAGUACAGUACCAAAAUGAAUCAGCAAAUGCCUUACAGC